UAUGGACGUGGCAAGAUGACGAGCUCUUGAUGCGCUUCCUGUAUUAACUCUUGACAAAGUAACAUCAGUCAGCUAUCACCUGUAUAACGCUUUUUCCACAUUAUCUCUCAAUGUCCCGUUUAUUUUUAACAUCCGGAUAACGCUUUUGGCGUGUGUGCAGGGGCGAUGCGUGUGUUUUUGCGGUGCCUCUGGGCGCUGAUUUGGUUCGGGGUGUCUGCAGAUCGUGCAGGUUCUCCUGUGUUUUCUGACGAGAUAGCUUUUAAAAUCCACUGGCCUGGAUCAGACUUCACCCUGCCUGCGUCGGGAGGACUGUACAAAGAUGAUGACUAUGUUAUCAUGACAACUGCAGAAAAAGAGAAGUACAAGUGUUUACUGCCAUCUUUGUCUGGCUCCCAGGAGGACGAUGCGAAGGAGUACAGUGGGUCGAGUCCAGCAAAGCUGCUGGAGCCUUUAUUCAAACAGAGCAGCUGCUCAUACAGAAUCGAGUCAUACUGGACAUAUGAGGUGUGCCAUGGGAAACAUGUACGGCAGUAUCAUGAGGACAAGGAGACGGGGCAGAAGAUAAACGUUCAAGAAUACUAUCUGGGUACCAUGAAAAAAAGGGAUGGUGCAGAAUCAGAAACGGAAACAGAAAAAUCUGAGGCCUCUGACACAGAAGGAUCUGAUGCUAACACAGAGGUGCCAACAAAGAAUAUAGAGGGUCAGUUGACGCCAUACUAUCCCGUAGAGAUGGGACAUGGAACGGAAUGCUCUUUGAGACAGAAUAAUCCUCGCUCCACCACUGUGUUGUAUGUCUGCCAUCCGGAGGCCAAGCACGAGAUCCUGACCAUCGCUGAAGUCCUCACCUGCCAGUAUGAGGUGGUGGUGCUCACUCCCCUGAUCUGUCCUCACCCCAAAUUCAGGUUCAAGUCCUCACCGGUGAAUGACAUCUUCUGCCAGGCUCUGGGUGGUUCUCCUCUCAGACCUCAGAGUCUCUCUAAACUGGAUCGUGAACAAGAAGAGCUACUCAAGCCACCGUUCAGCUCUAGCAGUGAGAGGCAGGUGAGAGGAUCCAGGGAGGAAUUUCCUCCAGUCAAAGAGGAAGCGUACACCUCUACCCAUAAGCCCCUGGUGGUCGGUGGGCAAUCCCACGUCACCGUUGGCACCACCCACAUCUCUCGUCUGACUGAUGAACAGCUGAUCAAAGAGUUUUUGAGCGGCUCAUACUGUCUACAUGGGGGUGUUGGAUGGUGGAAGUAUGAAUUUUGUUAUGGAAAGCAUGUCCACCAGUAUCAUGAGGAUAAAGAGCAAGGGAAGAACAUUGUUGUGGUGGGCAGCUGGAACAGUGAAGAACAUUUGAACUGGGCCAAGAAGAACAUAGCCCGAUCUUAUCAUUUAAAAGACAGCGGAGUACCCAAAGUGAAGGUUGUAUCUCACUUUUAUGGCCAUGGAGACAUGUGUGACAAAACCGGGAAACCGAGAGAGGUUAUAGUCAAGCUUAAGUGUAAGGAAUCGGAGUCUCCUCACGCUGUUACAGUGUACAUGCUGGAACCUCAGAUCUGUCAAUACAUUCUUGGGGUUGAGUCACCAGUAAUAUGCAAGAUCCUGGACACUGCAGAUGAGAAUGGACUUCUGUUCAUCCCUAGCUAACCUACAUCAAUCAGUACUAAGGGAGAAAAUGAACAGUCAUUUGAACAGUACAGCAGAGGACAGAACUACAAGAGAAAUGGUCUAAUAAUGUUCAGUAUAUCGUGCGCGCUGAACCUCAGACCUCCAACCAUGGGAACUCUGAAAACCUCCUCAAUGACUGCUGUUCCUUGUUUGAAGACCAAAACAGGAAAGAGAUUUGUUGAGACUGUUUUAAACCUGGAGAUGCAGCUGGGACUGACUUCUCAAUAUUUUAUUACCAAAUCUCAAACCUGUUGAGAUUUCUUCCAAUCUUCAUCUUUUGCCGCAUUUAGAUGGUUGGCUGGCAGGUCAUUUGGCGCAAGAUUUCAUAUUUUUCAGUGUGAUCGAUAUCAGUUGGUCGGGUCUUUUAACUGUAAAUUAUUUAUUUAGCCAAAUCCCUGGUAAUUCAAUGCUUGCUGUAGCACAUGGAUUUGAAUAUGGUAGGUGGAUAUGAUUUAUUGUUUUAAGAGAAUUUAGUUUUGAAGAAGCAAUCACUGAAAUAUGAACUGAAAGAGAAAACACUGUUGUGUAUCCACAGAAUAGGAAUCAGGGAUUGUUGAAAUUGUCAUUAACUUUACUUUGUAACCACUUAAACUAGGUCACUUUUUUUCCUGAUAAUUCCACUAUAGAGGGUAUGCACAUGUCGUCACCUUCCCGCGUGAACACCUCAGAACGUGCCCGCUUGAGUGGUAAAACAAAUGAAUGGUUACAAUAUCACAAAACGCAAUUCCACGCAACAUUUGAGUGUCCAAGAACACCUGAUUCCUUUGCAAGUCAUAAGGAUCACCGUCGAGUCCAGCUGCUUGCAAUUUCAGCAAAUAGUGUGUUUUAGUCCCGGUUUCUUUGUUUCGCCUAUUGAAAGCAGCCAUUUUGAUGAGUGUUUUACCACUCAAGGGAGCGUGUCCCGGCGUGUUCACGUGGGAAAGUGAUGUCAAUGCAUACCCUCUAUUCUCUAUCAGGGUUGUACAGAAAAAUAAGUUUUGCAUUGGCCAUAAUGAUGGGCGUUCAUUUGAAUAAAAUGUUAUUGUUUUGAGUCA